GAGAGUCCUUUGGGAAGGGGCACAAAUCACUUAAGUUUUAACAAGAAGGGGCAACGACAAAAUCCUCAACGACCCUCAUCUUAAUUCCUAUUUAAUUUCUUCUUCAUGACUUCACUUUCUUUGGACGGACAAACAUUCAUUCAGAUGAAAAAAGCAAAAAGAGAAGAAAACUUGGAGAUUGAUAACAUUUCAUGCAGCGCACUCUAACAAGCUCUAAUCAGUCCGCCCCUGUCAUUUCGGCGAAUUGUCAACGUUAAAAUCUGCGCGCGAAGGGAAAGUCGACUUGACAACAGAAACUCGCUGACUCUCCUUCUCUCUUUCUCUCGGAACUGAUUGUUGAGAGGUUAUUUUAAUUCCGCAAUUCAUCUCCCGCUCUGCGUGCGUGUGCGUGUGUGUGUGCGUGCGUGUGCGCGCGCGGACUCUUCAGCUUUACUGGUGCUCGGCGGCACGCGGACAGCGGAGAGCAAACACACACGCGCGCCCGUCCGGCGGUGGAGGAGGAGAGGGAGGGAGCAGUCUGAUCUUUAGUUCUGGGGGAUUCUACAUGUUCGGGAUACCGGAGAGUGUGCAGCGCGGCGGGAGCACUCUUAAGCAGGAGCCGCUGGGCGCCGGGAUGAACGCCGUGAGGACGUGGAUGCAGAGCGCCGGCGUGCUGGACGCCAACACCGCCGCGCAGAGUGGACUGGGGUUGGCCCGCGCGCACUUUGAGAAGCAGCCACCAUCCAACCUGCGAAAAUCCAACUUCUUCCACUUCGUGCUGGCUCUGUAUGACCGACAGGGGCAGCCCGUGGAGAUCGAGAGGACAUCAUUCGUGGGAUUCGUGGAAAAAGAGAAGGAGACGACAGGAGAAAAGACGAACAAUGGCAUCCAUUACAGACUCCAGCUGCUCUACAGUAACGGCAUUAGAACGGAGCAGGAUUUUUACGUUCGUCUCAUUGAUUCAAUGACUAAACAGGCGAUCAUCUAUGAAGGUCAGGACAAGAACCCUGAGAUGUGUCGUGUGCUACUGACCCACGAAAUCAUGUGCAGUCGGUGCUGUGACAAAAAAAGCUGUGGCAACCGAAAUGAGACGCCUUCUGAUCCUGUGAUCAUUGACAGGUUUUUCCUAAAGUUUUUCCUGAAAUGUAACCAGAACUGUUUGAAGAAUGCCGGUAACCCACGGGACAUGCGACGCUUUCAGGUGGUAGUGUCGACCACAGUGAGUGUCGAAGGGCAUGUUCUAGCGGUAUCAGACAACAUGUUUGUGCACAACAACUCCAAACACGGACGAAGAGCACGGAGACUGGACCCUACAGAAGGAACGCCAUCAUAUCUAGAACACGCAGCACCUUGCAUCAAAGCCAUUAGCCCUAGUGAAGGAUGGACAACGGGGGGCGCUACAGUCAUAAUCAUUGGGGACAACUUCUUCGAUGGAUUGCAGGUUAUCUUCGGCACAAUGCUGGUCUGGAGUGAGCUCAUUACGCCUCAUGCCAUCCGGGUGCAGACGCCUCCUCGGCACAUCCCUGGUGUUGUGGAGGUUACGCUGUCCUACAAGUCAAAACAGUUCUGCAAAGGGACACCAGGCAGAUUCAUUUACACAGCUUUAAAUGAACCCACCAUUGAUUAUGGUUUCCAGCGGCUACAGAAGGUCAUUCCUCGACAUCCUGGAGACCCGGAGCGCUUGCCAAAGGAGGUGAUUUUGAAGAGAGCAGCAGAUCUGGUGGAGGCGUUAUAUGGAAUGCCUCAUAACAACCAGGAGAUCAUAUUGAAGCGGGCUGCUGAUAUAGCUGAGGCACUCUACAACGUUCCACGCAACCACAAUCAACUAACCGGGCUCACCAACAGCUCGGUCCAUGCCAGCAUGAUGGGCGUGAACUCCUUUACUGGACAAAUUACUGUUAAUGUGUCUGAGUCCUCUCAAGGAGGCAAUCAGGGCUUCAAUCGAAACACAAGCAGCGUGUCUCCUCAUAGUUAUGUGCCGAGCUCCACACCGCAGCAGAGCAGCUACAACACAGUGGCCACCAGCAUGAAUGGCUACGGCAGCACGGCCAUGAGCAACCUCAGUGGCUCGCCCAGCUUCCUCAACGGCUCAGCUGCAAACUCUCCAUAUGCUAUUGUUCCUUCCAGUCCAACCAUGGCCUCGUCCACCAGUUUGCCGUCAAACUGCAGCAGCUCCUCUGGAAUUUUCUCCUUCUCUCCAGCAAACAUGGUGUCAGCAGUGAAGCAGAAGAGCGCAUUUGCUCCUGUGGUGCGGCCACAGAGCUCCCCGCCACCCACAUGCACCAGCACUAAUGCCAAUGGCCUCCAAGAUCAAUCUUUUGUGGACUCUAACAAGUACUCCACUGCCAGUGCACUCCAGGGCUUGGCGUUCUCCUAAACAACAGCAGGAGCAAUCCCUGGAAUGAUCGUUCCUCCUAUGUAAUGUGUGUGUGUGUGUGUGUGUGUGUGUGUGUGUGUGUGUGUGUGUGUGUGUGUGUGUGUGUGUGUGUGUGUGUGCGUGUGUGUGUCUGUGUGUGUGUGUGCAUGAGUGUGUGUGUGUGUGUGUGAAAGAGAGAGAGAGAGAGAGAGAGAGAGAAUGAAUUAUGGAGAAAGCCCAGGAUACACUCUUUCCUGGCACUGGUCUCCCUGUGUGUGUACAGAAGACUCCGGUUGUUGACUGACCCAGCAGUCGUUCUCUGAAGGAUCACUUUAAACUCAGGCCCUUUUUUUUAAAUAAUAAUAAUUGAAAAAAAAAAUUAAAUCACCUUUGAAAUAAUAAAAGAAAACACAACCUGGACUAUUGUAUAAGGUUUUGAUAUUGAAGUUUGUAUGGAACUGGUAGACAAUGUUAAUAUGAUGGGGCAAACACAGCUUUAUAGCCCAAUCUCCACAAGCAGAACUGUUCAAUUUCAUUUAAAUUUUGCAUUUUGGUUUGACAUCUGAUUUCUUUUUGUGAAAGGAAAUGUGAAACAUAAAGAACGUGAGCUACAACAUGAGCUACAAUGUUUCCUAUUCAUUUUUUUUUUACGGUAAAUGAAGGAUUAUUGAAUAUAGGCGAUAUGAAAAUAUCACACCAAACAUGUAGCUUUAAUCUGUGUCAUUUUCACUUGGAGCCUAAUUAAUCAUAAAAAACUGAUUUUACAAAAAGAGAACAGAACUAGUUAUGAACUUUAACUGUUCAGAUUGUUUUACAAUGUUUUUCAUGGGAAUCAGGGUCACAAAAUGCAAAAAAACAUAUCCCUUUUUAUAGUUAUGCCCAGCAAGAUUUUAAAGGUUUUAUCCCACCAUAUUAUCAAAUAAGCAUCUGAAACAUUCAGCUACUGCUAUUCAUCAAAGACUUGUUUUUUUUUAAACUGUGAAUUGUGUUAUAGCUUAUUACAAACAUAAAUAGAGAAAGUGCACCCCUUUUUGUUCCACCAUUACAGGACCUUGAAUUUCAGUGGUUCAUUUUGUUUAAUCAGCCAACAGCAUCAGUUACAAUUAUUUCUCAAGACAUACCGAGAAGGUGAUGUACCAGGGCAACAAGCAAUCACAACCGGUAAAAUAAUACGAAAUGCAAUAUACAAAUGAUUGAUUUUCAUUUGGGAACAUGCAGACUUACGUAGAAGUAAAAAAUUAACUGCAUUGCUCGUUCAUCUCCCUAAUGCAAAACAUCAACAGGCUUUUGCUUUUAAAAAUUAAAUGCUCAAUUGUGCCAGAAGUGAAUGUAAUUUUUUUGUGUUACUAUUUAUUCACACCAGUGGAAAUCAUGCCACACUGACUUACAAUCACUGUCUGCCCUGAUUGUUAUGGUUGCAAUCUUUUCUCACGUAUAUCAGUAUACAUGAGGUAAAUUGUUUUUAAGUUGUGGAUGUAACAUGUGUUGCAGCUGAUCACUUUCCAUUCAUAGUUUCUUCCAUUCAUUGAUUUUACCUCCAGUAAGAUCUUUAUCCUGGUUGGGGUCACUGUGGCUCUGGAAGGCAGUGAUAGCAUGAAUGUCAUUUUUUUUUAAAUGACUAUUAUUUCACAGUGAAAAGCAAUACAGAGAGAAUUGGACUGGCUUAUAAAUUAUAUGAUGCAAAUUGAUCCAAAGUCCUUGUGUACAUUAUCAGUGAUAAUACAAGAACCAUAUUCACCUCUAAGCUGUGAUUAACACGUCCUGGAAUGUACAGACAAAUACAACCGUCUUGUUCAGAAAACAAGAUAAAUAAGAAUGGAGAUAUUACAACUCCGUCACACCCGACAAUAUCAGCCUUCCUGCUUGUUUUUCAACCAUUAACCCAUGUCCAUACUACCUGAAAACAUUAGUGUUCCACAUAAUAUUUCAUGUGACGUACUGGACAAUUUGAAAUCCAAUUUGAGUGAGUGGAGCAUCUAGGCUGAGACACAUCUUUAGGUAUCUCAAAUUGCCUCUGGGUGUGGUUUGCAAAUAUCAGAUUGUGUGUGUUUAUUUUACUGUUCAGCCUACAUGAAGGAAAACUGAUUCCAACCUGGAUAUACCAAAAAUCAGAUUUGGGCUGGCAGUCUGAUCUACUCCUUAGCCUAUGGCUGUGAACAGAUACUGAUUGCGUUUCAGUGUGGCACAGUUCCUACAAGAAAGUACAAUACAGAACAUUCACCUCAAUUUCAGCAGUGAAAAAGAUUUUCCCUGCUGAUUGUUUCUCAUUAGCUCAAGGUUUUGUUUUUCAAUGUGGAACAUGUCACUAAUGAGAAGCAAUACUAUUUAUCUGUAAUGAUUUAUUUCACAUUACUUUCAUUGGCCUUUUUUAUGUUACAGUUCUCUAAAAAAUAUCAUUCUCAAUCACUAUCACUUUCAUAAUCUAUAUUUUUCUGUAGAAUUAGAGAAUCCUACAGAAAUGUAAAAACAAUAAUAACAAAUGCCCAUCUAAAGCUUUAAAUCCCUCAGAACUUGUAAAUCAACAUCAAACUUUAAAAACUGACUAUGCAUCAAUAAUCAAACCCAAAAUGCAAUAUUUCUAUUGUUUUUUAAAAAAAGUUGCCAAGCUUAAACCUCCACUCACCAUCUGUAUUUUCAUUGCCAUUAGUUCUUACACAACCAUCCAAAAACAUGAUAGCUAAAUGCACAAAAUAAAAUUUUACAGCAUACAAAACAAAAACAACAAUAGUUUAUAAUAUCCAAAGCCAAUAUACACAACCCGGAGGGAUACACACCCUCAAAAUCUUUGAAUUGCUUGUUGCCACCAUUUAUAAAGUGUUUAUGAAGGAAUGUGCUUUUUUUUUUUUUUUAGUUUUGCCAUUUCAGAUUAAAAGUUUUUGUGAAUUUUCCUCAAAAAUUUUUUUUAAGAAACUGUGAUGAUAUUUGCUUUUUGAUUUGUAGAAUACAUUAUAUCCUGAGGGAAAAAAUGUUGAAUGUCAGAACGUGAUGGGGAAACUUUUAGCGUUAGUGUCAGCUUGUUUAAUGGGAUAAUGUUAGACAUAUGCUGUUUCUAAUUAAUGCAGGUGUUUACCUGACCGACCUAAAAAGACAUCAGAGGGAAGGGAUAAUUAAGGGAAAUUAAGAUAAGAGCAGAUUGAGCACUGUGAAUAUUAUAGACCCCUCUUACCAAACAUAGGAUAUCGCAACUAAUUAAUGCUAUAUUUUUGUUGAUUUUUUGUGUCUUUGUACAAAUUGAUGAGUAUGCAAAUUUUUUUUGCUAGAUUUUCCUUUUUAUUUUGCCAAAGUUAUUGUUUGAAAUAUAUUUAUACAUCAGAAAGAAGGCAGCUUUAUACAAUUUUCACUUAUAAAUUUGAUCUCAUGGAACAUCAAUAUUGUAUCAAAAUGGAUUAUGUAAAAAUACCCAUCUAUCAUAAUAUAUGUAUCAUUAGAUUUUAUACAUUGCUCUUAUUCAUUGGUCUUUAUUCAUGUUUGUUAUGCUAUGAUGUGCAAUUUUUUUUCCACAUUAGUUGUCUAAAUUUUUGUCUAUACAUUGUGAUUAUGUGUCCUACAUCAGUUUCAUGUUCAGGAUAACAUUGAUAUUGUUAAUCCCAUCCACACGAGGCCAAGGGUUUAUUUUUAUACCAUUUGUAAGUUAAUGAAAAUUUGUCUUACAUUUUUAUGUUAGAUUUUUGUACCAGGUGGCAAAAUUUGUGAAAUAUUAGAUUCUUGGAACUUACUCACUCCAUGUGUCACCUGAAUAUACAUAGUCUUUAUUUUGCUUUGCUUUACAUUUCUGGGAUGUUGUUUUAUGCACGUCAUAUACAAUAUCUUUUUAAUUAUUCAUGUCCAUGUUCAAAGUUUUCUAACAUCCACCAGCAGUUAAAAUGCCUUAACAAUGCAGAGGCUCACCUCCAGUGUGUUGCUGUUGGUUUUGCUGGGGAGGUUGUCCAAAAGUGCAAAAAAAAUACUUAGUUUGGUUUGAUUGUAAAGGUGUUCAGAACAGCACAAAACCCCAUUGAGAUGAUGUGUUACUGAUGGUUUUGUAGAAUUCCUGAACUGCCAUUUCUUUUCACACAAAAUAUUCUCACAUUAUAUAUAAAUAAUGUAAUCAUCUGAGACUGUUUCCUACCGGUAAACUCACCAUAGAUUUUUUUUCCCGUAUUUAUUUAUUUAUGAAACCUUUUCCAAGGCAUAGCUUUCAUUAUUCAUCAUGGUGGAAGAUACCUUAUAAAUUGACACACAAAUCCAAUUUAAAAAUUAUUUUAUUGUUUUGUUCCCAAAAUUUGUUAUGAACUGGACACAAUGUGUGUGUGGUUAUAUAUUGCUGGGGAUGGAAAUAUUAUAAAAUUAAAGCUACUGUAAAAUGAUCGUUUUCUAAUAAACUUUGAACUGUAAGAUAACUUUUCAACUUUCACAAUAUUUAAUUAAAGUUCCUUCUU